CCUACAAAUUUGUUAAUGAAUACUCUCCCAAUCUUUGAUAUGUCACGGGUUCUUGAAGAGUUCAUUGGAGAGUACAAUUGGGGAUGUUGUAAAUUUGAAGCCAUGCGACAGCGGCUAGGCAUGCGUUCUUUAUCUUGGCUAUUUAUGAUCUGUACGGCCGUCGUUUUACAGGCACUUGGGGCUGCUUCGGUUGUGGUACCGAGUUCGAAUUGCUACGUUCUUGAUAACUCCAGUCGCAUUGUUGAUUUCAGUAGCUGGGCUGGGAACUUUUUUGAGUAUGAAGGGAAGGUAUUACAGUAUAAUUUUGCCCUGCUUCAGGACUCCGACUUGGUGGUUCGAUUUUGCAAAGAUGUGGAGAGUAGAUCACAGGCGGGAUAUGUGGAUUUUGGCCGAUAUGAUUUGUUCAACUACUUUGUUGCUGGUUCAGGGCAAGUUGACUUUGUUCAAGGCUUUUUCAAUGGUGACCUGAUGAAUUGUGAGAAUAGUUAUGACAAAAGGGGACGUACAGCUCAGGUAAAUGUUAUAUGUGGAAGUUGUUUAAAUGGAAAAUGUAAAGGUGGGCUUGGAUGCAUAUGCAAUGUUACUUACGAGUCAACUUGCAGAGUUUUUGUUGAACUUUCUAUUCCAUGUGAGAGACCAGGUCCACGGGUAUUUCAGGGUUUCACCGUUGGUUUUCAUCCACGAUCAUGGGAAGUUGUUUACAAUGGCAUGACUCAAUUAGGUUUUGAAAAGUCUCACCAUGAUUUCAGCUUUCUAACCGAACAAACUCAUGUAGCCCUUUAUAUGACUGCAAUUGCUUCUCUUUCGAAUUUGGUGCAGAAGCCUAUAAUUAAGGUUGUUCCAGAAAAUGGCCUGGAGGUUCGUUUAUCAGGUUCAGGGGCAACUGGGACACCUCCUACAACUUUGUCGCCCACAGUGGUGAUUGUGGAUUGGAGAUGUGAGAAGGCCAGUGAUAGUCCGUAUGAGGUUAAUGUCACCAUCCCAGUAGAGGGUUAUGAUCCCAUCCAAUUCAUUCUUACAAAAAUGUGUGAAUAUCGGCAGGAUCAAGGGGGUGAUGCAACACGAGGAUGGGCUAUUUUUGGAUUGCUAUCCUGCAUAUUCAUUGUCUUUUCAACACUGUUUUGCGUCGGAGGAUUCAUUUACAAAACUCGAGUAGAACGCCUGCAUGGGAUUGAUGCACUGCCAGGCAUGACGAUACUCUCCGCCUGCUUAGAAACGGUGAGCGGAGCAGGGCAAGGUUACUCUCGAGCAGAAGACCUUAACGCUGCAUUCGCAAAAGCCUCUUGGGAAAGCCCUUCUGUUUCUGUUCAAGGAGCAAGGACACCAAGUGAGAAAAACUAUGGUUCCAUCUGAAUUUCUGUUAUGCUAAACACAUUUCAGUUUUAAGUGGGUUUUGUGCUGCAAAUUAUACAUACAUGGAUCGACCAACGAAUUUGCCGGAUCAUGGAGCUUGUAUGAUCAGUUAGGUACAUUCUUUGAUUUUGUUAUCUAUGCUUUCAUUAUAUUGAAAAGAGAAAUGUUUUAUCUACAAAUGAAUCUCAUAAAAGUAAAUUCACAAAUUGACAUUGUUUGACGUGA